CGCAUUUUGGUGGUAUUUGGGAGCGCCUGAUUGGCUCCAGCAAGAGAGCCAUGCGCGCCGUUUUGGAAAACCGCUCGGUAACCGACGAAGUCCUUCGCACGGUUUUCGCAGAAGUAGCCUCACUUCUGAACUCACGGCCUUUGACCAACGUUCAAACUGAUCCGUCAGAGCCAGAGCCGCUCAAUCCGUAUCACUUUAUUCUCGUUACCCCCCAUCCUCACCGAGCGCCUGAUACUGAAGAAGCAUUCGAUGGCCUCACGCGGCGGAAGUGGAAGCAGGCCCAGUUCAUUGUGGACCAGUAUUGGAGACGCUGGAUGAAAGAAUACCUUCCGACUCUCAUCGAGCGGAAAAAAUGGGAAAGAACUGUCCGUCCGAUCAGAGUUGGUGACGUCGUCAUGAUUAUGGACGAGAAUAGCAGAAGGGGCGAUUGGUUGAUAGGGAGCGUUACGAAAGUGUUGCCCGGAAGCGACGGAAUUGUCCGCGCGGCAACCGUAAAAACUGAACGUUCUGAACUAACCCACCCGGUUGUCAAACUUUGCUUCAUUUCAGGUUCUCGCGAGUAAUUCCAUCGUCGGCCGGCCCGGACUGUGGUGAACCGUCACCAGGAGGCGAUA